AAUGAAUAUAAUUGCAUAUUUUUUUUUUUUUUUUGGGACAGCAUCAGUCAUCAAUUUAUCACACACACCGCAACAACUGGCAACAACAUCUAACAAACAUGGGUCGCAUGCACGCACCAGGUAAGGGUAUUUCCCAAUCGGCAUUACCAUACAAACGAUCAGUUCCAUCAUGGUUGAAACUCAGCCCUGAGGACUGUAAAGAUCUUAUCUUUAAACUUGCAAAAAAAGGACACACUCCUUCACAAAUUGGUGUUAUUCUUCGUGAUAGCCAUGGUAUUGCUCAAACUCGUCAUCGUACUGGUAACAAAAUUUUGAGAAUUGUCAAAGCCAUGGGUUUGGCACCUGAUCUACCAGAGGAUGUAUAUUGUCUUAUCAAGAAAGCUGUUGCAAUUCGUAAGCAUUUGGAACGUAAUCGUAAAGACAAAGACUCAAAAUUCCGUUUGAUUCUCGUUGAAUCAAGAAUUCAUCGUCUUUCAAGAUACUACAAGUCUAAAGGUACACUUGCACCAACAUGGAAGUACGAAAGUUCAACAGCCAGUGCUCUUGUUGCUUAAAUUAUUAAGACUUAAUAAUAAAUGAAUAAAUGAAAACUGAAGAGAAAAUUUAAAAUCAAAUUUUUGAUCAACUUAUUUAAUAAUAACACUGUAAUAAAAUAAUAAAUAUUUACUUACCAAGAAAAUAA